AUGCAGGGGCUCCGGGGAGAGGAGUCCGAAAUUAUUGAGGGGUCGGUCACAGAGGUGAUCACGGAGACACCGUUCCGGACACCAACGGAGAUGUCACAAUUACGGAUCCUCAAGAAAAAUCCACCGCCAAUUCUAGCGGAGCCCCAAUUAAUGGGGCUUUUACAGAGGGAACGAUCUCAUCUGCUUGGCCUCAUCGCACCCUCACAGACGGAAAGACAACCUCUGGUCAAGUUGAUUCAGCCGAUUGACACCGCUUUCCGGGCCGUCGACGACAUGGCCGGGCAGCUCCAGCUUCGAGCAGUCACAACACCGGCAACAGGCAACUGCAUGGCGAUGGCCAUUGUGCAAGCGUUACGUGAUACAGACUUAGCGGCACAGGACACCCAGCUGGCUGCAGCGACGGGUAGACUUAAACGAGGAAUCAAGCAUGCAGGACAGCUUCAUCUUGGGGAGAAAUUUCUGCAUGACACACGAGUAGCCACACUCAUAGCAGUGCAACGAGGAUGGACGGACAUGGAGCCAUUAGCGUCGAAGAAGCAAUUUAAAUGGUACCUGGAGGAAUACGGCAAGAAAACAUUUACGUCAUUGCCAAGGGUGGGUAAGGUAGUGAUGACUGGCACUGCAGCCUGUACAGGCCGAGUUCCAUGA